UGAAUAUGAAUAUAUUUCUCUCCGACCGGAGUUGACGUUUACCUAAUUAUAAUUUCUCAUUAACCACGGUUCAGUUCGAUAUGCAGAAUUCACUGGACGGGUGGUUUGAGCGUGUAGAGAAAGAGCCUAUGACGUUCAGAUUUCGGUGGGAGUUACGCGUGUUUGUACAUGUAUGCUCGUGCAUAUGUAAGCAGGCUAAGCUUGUGUGUGGUCGCGCGUGCACGAGCACAGAGAACGGAGAAAAAGACGGAUUCAAAGGCGGCGUUUUUCACUCAGUGAGCCACGGAACUUGCAACGUUGAAGGUGCUAGGAAAACGCGUGCACACGUUUCCUCAGUGCGCGUGUAUUUUCUAAACCGAUCCGAGUACUACGUUCUCGCUCGCGAGAAUUCCAUUUCCAAUCUCAUGGAAGGUUUGCAGUGUGUCGUACUGGUGAAAUUUCCACAAUCUCUUGGUGGUUACAAAAAGCAUGGGUGCUUACAAAAAGCAUGGGAGAGGUGGCAAAAAUAUAUUGAGGGCCUUCAACAAUUUUGCAAACUAUAUACGUCAUUUUGAUCAUAAUAAGAGAUUUAAAAUAAUAAUUUUAAUGAAAAAUCUAAUCUGUUUGGCUGUUUUUACAUCGGUAAGAAUGCAGUGAACAAACCUUGUGUCAUCGGAUUUGAAAUUAUGUGAUUAUGCGAUAAUAGUGCGUAGUAAGUUAAAA